AUGGACACUUCUGAACGAAUUUCUCCCGAACCUGAGGUAUCCAACGAUUUAAUUUCCUUGGAUGACAGACAAGCACCGUUGGAGACACAUCAAGAAAUUUCUGAUCCUCCCAUUCACGAACCUAUUUCUGGUUGUAGAUUGGUUUCAGCUCCUAGUAUUUCGAAAGAAUCUUGGGAUUAUUCUAAUUUUAUGGACUCUAGAUCACGUGGUCAGUCCUAUUCAAACGACCCUUCCGUUUUGUCCAGUAAUACCUUGCAAGCUCAGAACAAUAAUUUUGCAUCCCAAUCACUCCAAGUCGAUCAUAAUUUUCAAUCUCAAGCUUCGUUCAGUGCAUCACUUCCACCGACACAUUCAUCGCAUUUUGCGCGUAUUCCUCGAACAGAUAAUCCCCAUCAUUGUCUGAUAGACGCUUCCCUUGCAAAUUUACCCAGUCAUUUAGUGUCCUCGCGGACAUCCGUUCCCACAUCUACUGAACUUUAUGCUGCUACAAUCUCCAACAGACAUUCUUGGUUACCUUCCAGUGCGGUACAGUCAUCGUUACGCCAGGACAGGGAUAACACAUUUGUGAUCACAAAUCAAAGACAUUCUGAUGCCAUCAGACAAACUAGAUAUCAAGCAAUGCCUUCCGCUGAAGCCAGUGACUCUCGUGUACGAUUUGUUGAGCCCGAAAAUUUUGCUUCUAGUGCAAAUUCCACUCAGCAUGAGACACACUUGCACCAACUGAUCCAGUUCCAGGAAUUCAUUCAACAACAACAACAACAACAACAACAACAACAACAACAACAACAACAACAACAACAACAACAACAACAACAACAACAACAACAACAACAACAACAACAACAACAACAACAACAACAACAACAACAACAACAACAACAACAACAACAACAACAACAACAUCAAUAA